CCAGACAACUCCCCCCUGCCCAGCCCUGCCAUUCCCCACCACAGACCCCGAACAAUACGUCCUCAAAAACCCCAUGAACUAGAAGAUUGAAGCUGAGUCGAAAAAUGCCUUCAAGACAGCCAUUUUCAGCAACCUCAAGGCCUAAAGCAAGCGUAGUCUUUCUAACAGUAACCAUCUGUUCUUCUCUGAUUAUCCUCUUUGCAGUUGUUUAUUUUCUUUAUUAUUUAUGGUACUCGUUAGUCCAUCGUUCAAGAACAAGCCCAUUUGAUUCCACCACCCCCCUUGUCAAGCUUCAAAGAUUCACCUUCAAAGAGCUUAAGUCAGCCACCAAUGGGUUCGGUGAAUCCAAUUCUAUUGGUAAGGGAGGGUCUGGCACAGUCUACAGGGGAAUUCUCAAAGAUGGAAAGUUGGUUGCUGUCAAACUUCUUGAUUCAGCUUCUUUGCAGAGUGAAAGGGAGUUCCAGAAUGAGCUGCAGGUUCUUGGUGGGUUGAGAUCAUCUUUUAUUGUCAAUCUUUUGGGAUAUUGCGUAGAGAAGAGUAGGAGGCUUGUGGUUUAUGAAUACAUGCCUAAUCGUAGCUUACAAGAGAGCUUGUUUUCUGAGUCUAAUUUGAGUUUGAAUUGGGGUAGAAGGUUUGAUAUCAUUCUUGAUAUUGCUAAAGCAUUGUCCUUUCUGCAUCUUGAAUGUGAUCCACCUGUGAUUCAUGGGGAUGUGAAGCCUAGUAACGUGCUGCUUGACUCAGAGUACAGGGCUAAACUUUCAGAUUUCGGCUUGUCCAGAUUGAAGCUUGAGGCUGAAUUCGGGGUUGAUAUGUUUAGUCAGGAGCUGGGGAAGAGUCAGGAGUUGUGGAAAAGUCAGGAACUUUCUGGGAAUUUAGGUACUGGGGGCGGAGGAACCGGAACCGGAACUGGAACUGGAACUGGAACUGGGACUCCUGUAAUUGGGACUCCAGUAGAUAGUCAUGAUGAGGUUGAUUUUGCUUUGGCUUUGCAAGCUUCCUCUUCCACGAAAAAUACUACAGCAUUCCACAGUUUGAAAAGUUUAAGCUGGGGUUCUUUGAACUUUAAUGGUAAUUUUUUCAUUGAUGACGAUACUAAGAGUCGCAAUGCUAAGGGGAAGGAGGUUUCAGUUGUUGAAAAUGGUGGUGGAGAAGAUUCGAACAAGUUUCUGAAUCCUGAUAAUGAGCUCAGUGGUGUUGAACUUGGUAAAGAGUUGAAUCUGAAUGCCGCUUUGGUUGGGGAUGAACAUGGUACCAGGACCAAACAAUGGGGGAAAGAUUGGUGGUGGAGACAGGAUGGAAGUGGUGAAUUAUGUAGUAAAGAUUAUGUGAUGGAGUGGAUUGGGAGCCAGAUCUGUCCAUCCCCAACGCCAGAUUGGGAUGAUGAAAAGAAGUCCUCUCCUCAAGACAAUGACUUGGUGGAUAAUUCAAUGCAGCUAAAUAAGGUGGAAGAUAAAUUCGAAAACCAAUUACAAGAAUCCAGAUUGGAUUGUCCUAAUAAUGGGGUUGAGAGGGAGGGUUCUAAUCGGUGGAGGAGAACGCGUAAUAAGAAGCACAGGAAGAUGCAAGAAUGGUGGAAAGAAGAGCAUCUUGAUGAACUUAGCAGAAAGAAUACUAAGGUAAAUGAACUGGACGUUAGGAUGAAGAAGCGCUUUAAAAUGCCACAUUUCAGUUUGGGUAAACGUUUUUGCUUAAAGAGGAGAAGUGUAAGGCGACAGAGCCAAGAUUUAGACAAUCAGGAUGGGGAAUUUAGCUUUAGAAAGGGUUGGAAGAAGAAGAAUGCACGUUCUGUAAACAGCGAUAUGUGGAGCGGAGAUCUCUUUAGUGGACAAUUGAGCAGCACAACUAGCAUGAGAGGCACUCUUUGCUAUGUGGCACCUGAAUAUGGUGGUUGUGGAUAUCUAAUGGAGAAGGCUGAUAUUUACAGCUUGGGCGUUCUGAUCCUUGUGAUUGUCUCUGGUAGAAGGCCAUUACAUGUGCUAUCUUCACCUAUGAAGCUUGAAAAGGCAAACCUGAUAAGCUGGUGUAGGCAUUUAGCUCAUGCUGGAAAUGUAUUAGAAAUAAUAGAUGAGAAACUAAAGGAUGAUUACAGCAAGGAACAAGCAAGCUUGUGUAUUCACUUGGCACUUGCUUGCUUGCAAAAAGUUCCUGAGCUACGGCCAGAUGUUGGGGACAUUCUUAAGAUCUUGAAAGGGGAAAUGGAACUCCCACCACUCCCAUUCGAGUUUUCUCCCUCUCCACCUUCAAAAUUAUUCAGCAGGUCAAGAAGGAGACAGAAGAGCAAUCCUGAAUAGGUUUUUAGUUUGUUAACAUAAAGGAGAGGAAGGUUCUGAUGAUCAUGUUCUUCCAGAAAGGCUAGUUUAUUUUGAUGCAAGAUUGUAGAUGCUGAUUGCCAAGUUUUAUUCUAUUGUAUGUAAAUAGAUGAACGAAAGCUUUUCUGAAUUGAAUUCACUUGCAGCGGCCCUUGAUGCUGCUGCUCUUUUUUUGUCCUUAGAUUCAUGUUUUACUAAACAAUAAUAUCAAAUCGCACUGUUGACAUC